AUGUCGUCCGCAGGUAGAAACGAUCUACCAGGUGGAACUGGGGAAACUAGGACCGGGGGAGGUGAAUUCGGGGAAGGGGGGUCUGGGGAAAGCGGGUCGCAGCAGGGGGAAGGGAGCGCGCGCGCAGGGUCGGCGGAAGCGCAGGGGGAAGGGAGUGCGCCGUCGCGCCAGGCGGAAGCGCAGGCGGAAGGGAAUCCGCCGGCAGAGCAGCAGGGGGAAGGGAGCGGGAAUUCCGAGGGGCAGGCGGAGCAGAAGGGGGAGGGGGGCGGGCGGAAGAAGCCAGUGGCAGUGGCAAGCCCUGAUGCAGCGCCUAUAUGCUCACAUGCGCGGCAGCAAUCGCUCAGCACCUAUACGCACACGUGCACGGCAGCAGCACCACUCACUACCUCAUCAACCUCCACCCUGCUGUGCCCUGCGUGCCCUCUGUCCUGUCUGUCCUCCCCGCUGCCUUCCGUGCACCCCCACCCUCAUCAGGCAGUGGCAAAACCACCUUCAUGCAGCGCCUAUACGCACACGUGCACGGCAGCAGCACCGCUCACUACCUCAUCAACCUCCACCCUGCUGUGCCCUCCGUGCUCUUUUCCCCAAAAAGGCACUGGGAAAACGACUCUCAUACAGCGACUAUACGCACACAUGCACAGCAGCAAAAUCGCCCACUACCUCAUUAACCUGGACCCGGCUGUGCCCUCCGUGCCCCCAUCUUCCCUCCUCUGCCCUCCUAUGCCCCCCUCUCAAAUCCCAUCAGGCAGUGGCAAAACGACUCUCAUGCAGCGUCUGUACGCUCACAUGCAUGGCAGCAAGAUAGCUCACUACCUAAUCAACCUGGACCCAGCUGUGCCCUCCGUGCCCUACCUCGCCAACAUUGACAUUCGAGACACCGUCAACUACAAGAACGUGAUGAAGGAGUAUGGGCUGGGUCCGAAUGGAGCCAUUCUCACCUCACUGAACCUUUUUACGACCAAGAUUGACGAGGUAAUCACCCUCGUGGAACGUCGAGCCGAUUCGCUCGACUACGUUUUCAUCGACACGCCCGGGCAGAUUGAAAUUUUCACCUGGUCAGCUUCCGGAGCAAUCAUCACCGAAGCCUUCGCCUCCACCUUUCCCACGGCCGUUUGUUUCGUAGUGGACACUCCCCGGGCGGCAAAUCCCGGCACCUUCAUAAGCAGCAUGCUUUACGCGUGUGGGAUUCUGUACAAGACGCGGUUACCACUGCUGCUGGCGUUUAACAAGACCGACGUGGCACGGCACGACUUUGCCGUUGAGUGGAUGCGGGACUUUGAAGCCUUCCAAGCAGCAGUGGAUCGCGAUCCUUCCUACGCCGCCUCGCUCUCUCGCUCCCUCUGCCUCGCCCUUGACGAGUUCUAUUCAAAUUUGCACGCUGUGGGAGUCUCGGCUGUCACAGGAGGGGGCAUCAAUGAGUUUUUCACUGCUGUCGAGGUGGCCAGAAAAGAGUACAUGGAAGGCUACAGGGUUGACUUGGAGAAGAUGAGAGCGGAGAAGGAGAAGAAAGAGGCGGAGAGGCAGAGUGCGGAGAUGGCCCGGUUUCGAGCGGGCUCUGGUUGA